UGAAAUUUCACUAUCCCGCUGCGAACUCUCCAAUGUCUAAGCGUUUGGCCAAUCUCUUCGCCUCUCCCUCGAAAGAGGAACUUAACGCGUGCUGGGAGCUCUGCCGGUUGAACAACAAUAUGGGUUGUUGGACAACAUGGAUACCCACGGCUUGGGCUCUGGCAAUGGUCUAUCAUGCCCAACCUCAGAUACCCGGAGCUCUGGCAUUGAUGUGGGCAGCGAAAUACUUCGUGUUAUGUUCUGGUAUCAAAUCGUUGAUAAUGACGAUCGACGACAUCCUGGAUCAUGACAUUGAUGUUAUGGUUGUCCGCACGAAAAAUCGUGCCAUCCCAAGAGGCGCAAUUUCCCUGGACCGUGCCUGGCUAUUCUUUGGUCUGCAGGUGGUACUCGGUGUUUGUCUUGCUCAAGCCCUCUUGGACCCUGUCUCACGUCGUUUCGCUGCCGCUGCUGCGCCGUUGUUCGUAAUUUAUCCCACCUGCAAGCGAUGGAUGUAUUUUGCUCCUGUCACCCUGGGUCUCAUGUUCACCGUUGGCGUCUUCAUGGGUUGGAGUACUUUGAGCCUCACCAAGCAGCUACCAUACGAAAUCCUUAUCCCUGUCUACAUUGGAGGAUGUUGCUGGGUUUGGACUUACGAAACGAUCUAUCAGCAUAUGGACAAGGUUGACGAUGUCAAGAUCGGAAUUCGUUCUUCAGCUUUGCUGUGCGGUCGCUAUACGAUUCCCGUAUGCUCAACGACCGCGAUUGCAUUCUUCGGUCUGUUGACAUAUGGAGGGUAUCUCAACGGCCAUAGUUAUCCCUUCUUCGCUGGAGUUUUGUUAGCCGCGGCGCUGCUCAUGUCGAAACUUCUACGCACCGAUAUUGAGUGCCCUGCAGACUGCAGGGACUUUUUCCUGCAAACACCCCUGAUAGGGCAGAUCAUCGUCGGAGGGUUCGCGGCGGAUGCUGUGAUAGCGCGAAUCUCGAAUGGCAUAGCUCUUUGAGCAUGCUACAAGUGAACCAUUUAGGCCGUUGAAUUCCACCAUUCGUCGAUCUCAGUAAUGGUGUGUCACACUCGUCUCUGUUGUUGUUGUAAAUCCCCUGUACGAAGUCUGGCACUAGUCCUGUACACGACCUGUACGAUCCAUGCUUUCCCUGUGUAGUUACGUAGUUGUUGUAUCUUGUGAUGAACCGUUACGA